UCACCUAUUUCCGCCCGGCUCGCCCCUGUUUAGUUGAGGUUACGAAUUCGUUUUACUUCCCUCCUCCCUUUUUCCCUCCCUCCACUGCUUCGUCUCCGUCCCUCUCCCGUCCCACCCCCGCCCCAGGUCCCGGACACCGCGCGCCCGGAGCGGACGUGUGACCCUACCAAGUCAAAAAAUUACCUCAUGAUACUUUUAAUUCCUACCUCAGAAGUAGGUCAUUAAUAAAAAUGUUAAGCAACACAGGCUCAUGCAGAGAACCUCAUGGACACUAUUGGAGACCUCCUGCCAAAAUGAUAAUGGAACCAUUAAUAAGCUUUGACAAGAAAUGAUGACAAUCAAAGUCAAUAUAAUAACCUUUAUCUAUUUACUAAUCUUCAGCACCAACAAUUUGUUUGAACAGCUCCAUCUGUUCCUCAAUGCCUGCCCUUUCCACUAAGGAAACUUGAGAUAAGGUAACGGCAGCUUUGCUUUCUUUGAUGGCUAGGUUCCAGAUUUGGAAACAACUGAGAAUGAGCAGUUUUAUGAAAGAAGGGAGAAUUUCAAAGGAGUAGAGUCAAAUGGUAAAACACUGGAAAUAAUCCUAACGAAUUUCCCUUGGGCACAUGAAUUUGGAGAAUAUUUUGAACCUGAGAGGAGCUUAAAAUUUAUCAGAGAAACUCAAAAGUAGUGAUUUUGAGUAAAUCCUAUUCCUUCUAAAAAGAUUUCAAUAAAGUCACAAUGACCCAUAAAAAAACAACUAUAGAGGACAUCACCAAAAAAUGUAAUGAACUUGGGGCAGAAUCAAAACCCACUGCAUAUCCUAAAGGAAUAACAAAAGAAAGAGUCCAUGAAUUUGAUACUUUUGGAAGAAAUUUCAAGCAGAAUUCAGACCUUGUUCUACAUCAAAGAAUUUACAUUGGAGAAAAAUCAUACAAAUGUAAUGAAUGUGGGAAGAUUUUCAAUCGAAACUCAAACCUUAGAGAACAUCAAAAAAUUCAUACUGGAGAAAAACCAUAUAAAUGUAAUAAAUGUUCAAAAGCUUUCAUUUGUAGCUCCCGGCUUAUUCAGCAUCAGUUAAUUCACACUGGAGAAAAACCUUAUAGAUGUGAUGAAUGUGGUAAAGCUUUCAGUCUGAAUUCACAACUUAAUCGACAUCAGAAAACUCAUACUGGAGAUAAGCCAUUUAUAUGUAAUGACUGUCAGAAAACAUUUAGUCAGAAAUCUCACCUUCUUCAACAUCAAAGAAUUCAUACUGGAGAGAAACCUUAUAGAUGUGAUAAAUGUGGAAAAGCCUUUGGUCAGAAUUCUCAGCUCAUAUUACAUCAGAGGAUUCACACAGGAGAGAGGCCUCAUGCAUGUAAUGAAUGUGGAAAAGCUUUCAAUCAAAGAUCACUACUUAUUAGACAUCAAAGAAUUCACACUGGAGAGAGACCCUACAAAUGUAAUGAAUGUGGAGAAACCUUUAUUCAGAACUCACACCUUAUUCUACACCAGAGAAUUCACACUGGAGAAAGACCCUAUAAAUGUAAGGAAUGUGGGAAAUCAUUUAGUCAGAAUUCAACUCUUGAUCAACAUCAGAUAGUCCAUACUGGAGUAAAACCAUACAAAUGUAAUGACUGUGGGAAAGCCUUCAGAUGGAGCUCACGUCUUAUUCAACAUCAACUAAUACACACUGGAGAAAAACCAUAUAAAUGUAAUAAAUGUUCAAAAGCUUUCAGUUGCAGCUCAGGCCUUAUUCUACAUCAAAGAACUCAUACUGGAGAGAAACCCUAUAAAUGUAAUGAGUGUGGUAAAGGCUUCAUUCAGAGUUCACAACUUAUUCAGCAUCAAAGAAUUCACACUGGAGAAAAACCUUAUGGAUGUCAUGAAUGUGGCAAAGCUUUUGGUCAGAGCUCACAGCUUAUUCAACAUCAAAGAAUUCAUUCUGGAGAAAAACCUUAUGGAUGUGAUAAAUGUGGGAAGGCCUUUAGUCAACGCUCACAACUUACUCUACACCAGAGAAUUCAUACUGGAGAAAAGCCUCAUAAGUGUAGUGAAUGUGGAAAAGCUUUUUGUCAAAGCUCACAACUUAGAUUACAUCAGAGAAUUCAUACUGGAGAGAAACCCCACAAAUGUACUGAAUGUGGGAAAGCCUUCACUCAAAGUUCACUCCUCAUUAGGCACCAGAGAGUUCACACUGGAGAAAAGCCUUAUGAAUGUCAUGAAUGUGGGAAAGCUUUCAGUCAGAGUUCAACUCUUGUUCAGCAUCAGAUCAUUCAUACUGGAAAGAAACUUUUCAAAUGUAAUCAAUGUGAGAAAGCAUUUAGUAGGAGUUCAUACCUUAUUCUACAUCAAAGAAUUCAUACUGAUGAGAAAUCCAACCAAAAUAAUUAAUAUGAAAGCCUUCUGAUAUUUUAAGCCUUAUAAAGUUGCCUGGAAAGAAACUGAAUGAAUACAAUAGUAUAAGAAAACCUCUAAUUGGAGUUCACACUUUAAUCUACAUUAGAGAACUCAUGUUGAAGAAAAAUCCUAUAAAUGUAAUGCAUGCCAAUAAGCCUGCAUUUGUAACAUCUUUCAUUUAAUUUGUUAUCAGAAUAGUCAUGCUGACAAAAAUUAAAAUAUUGGAAUGACAUUAGCAA